AUGUACGAUUUUAGUCUUGGUUCCAGUAACUCAAAAAUUUUACCUAAAACAGACGCAGUCUUAGGUAUUAACAAAAUCAUACAUUUAAAUCAUUUUUCAAACGGUAGUGUAUCAUUGGAAGGUGAAACAGACUGCAAUUUAGAUAACAAAACAGAUUGUUAUAAAGUAAAUAAAAGUUUAGUUGUAACAUUCUGGCGAGAAAGUUCGCGUGAUAAAUGGUUGGCAAAAAAUAUGUUGAAAGUAUUUGAUGAUAAACAUUUCGUUCGUAUUAUUAUGGUACAUGACGACUCUAAUUGGUCAUCCUAUCCUAAUAAAGAUCGAUUUAUAUGGAUACAUGUUAAUGGUCAGAAAAGGUUUUGGUAUAUCAAACGUUUUCUGACACCUACCAUACUGAGAGCAUAUGCGUAUGUAUGGAUUGUUGAUGAUGAUGUAGAAAUAUUGUUUCAACCAUUACAAUAUGAAUGUGUUGCUACAAAACUAAAUGUCCCUUUAUCAGCUCCCGGACGAUUAAAUGGCGCUAUUUCUCAUGAAAUUACUGGUACACACGAAGAUUUCGCUGAAAAAAUCGGUCGAUGGACAGAUUUGGUCGAGAUUGGUCCUAUCGUAGUUGGUAACUUGUUAGCAUGGGAAUGUAUAUGGAAUUUUUUGAGUGCCUCUGUUGGAUUAGGUUGGGGACUCGAUCUUGUUUGGUGCAGACUUAUGGCUCAUAAUUGUAAAAUAUCGAAUGCAACUAUACAAACAACAUGUGCAAUUUUUGAUGUUUUUCAACACAAUCACUUAUCGAAUAACAUUGCAUCUACAGCAGCAGGGGUUGUUGUAUUAGGUACAUGUCCAGAAGGAAUAAAAUGUGCUCCUUUAAUUGCUGAAUUAAAAUCUGAUUACUAUCGUUCAAAAUUUCAAACUAUUGUUCUUAGUACUGGUCAACAUCGAGAAAUUUUACAUCAAAGCUUAAUGGCAUUUAAAAAAACAAUUGAUAUUGAUUUAGAUUUAAUGACGGAUAAUCAAAAUUUAGAGUCCUAUGGGGGAAUUCGGAUCACAAGUUAA